AUGUCUGGAUUGACUUUACUUGCUCUUGCCGGCAUGGCCGCCGCUGAAUACACAAGCAGCUUCGGUGGUGCCAUCCCCGCUGGUCUUUGUGCACCAAACACUGCUGGCUUCACCAACCCUACUGUCCAACCCUCUCGCGGAGGUGCUGCCAUCUGCGUCUCUGGCAAUGUUGCUGUUCAAGCUACUGCUCAGAAUGUCAACUUCAACUUCAACGUUCCUGCCAACGAAUCCGACGUAACCAACACCUUCCUCGAGCUCAUCAGUGCAGGCUCGACAUUCACCAAGAGCAUCAUGGGAGGCAUGCAGUCUAUCUCUGGAAACUACACCAUUGCUUCGACUCUGUGUAUGCCCGCCAACGGCACUAUGCCCAGCUCUGUGCAACUCCUAACUCACGGUAUUGGAUUCGACCGCUACUACUGGGACUUCGCACCUGGCUACAGUUAUGUGGACUCCGCAAUCGAACAAGGCUACGCAACUUUCAGCUACGACCGCCUCGGUGUCGGCAUGUCCUCCACCCCCGACCCCAUCAAGACUGUCCAAGGACCCCUCGAAGUCAGCAUUGCAAACCAACUCGCCAUGAUGCUCCGCAGCUCUAUGUUUGCAAACACAAACUUUACCACCGUGAUUGGAGUCGGCCAUAGCUUCGGUAGUGCCAUAACCCAGUCCGUUACUGCUAACCACCCUUCCACUUUCGAUGCCGCCAUCCUGACCGGCUUCUCCACCAACCAAUCCGCCAUCGCUCCCUUCCUCACUGCCCUGAACCUGCAAAUCGCAUCUCAGAACCAACCCUACAGAUUCGCAAACCUGAACAACGGAUACCUGGUUGAUUAUUCCGCCGUCAGCAACCAAUACGGAUUCUUCCGCGCACCCAUGUUUGACCCUCUAAUCCUUGCUGCCGCAGAGGCUGCUAAGGGCAGUGUCACUUUCGGUGAACUGUUUACCCAAGCCGCCAUAGCUGGUGUCGCAUCCAACUUUACCGGCCCUGUUGCUAUCGUCAAUGGAGACGCGGAUUUGCCUUUCUGUUACGGAAACUGUAGUUACCCCAUGAACAAGGCUGAGGCUGCGAUCAAGAUGCUCUACCCUGCUGCUUCUGCCAAUGGAACUUAUUUGGCUCCCUUGACUGGUCAUGGUGUCAAUUUGCACUACACCGCCAUGGAUGCUUAUAAGUUCAUUGGCUCUUUCCUUAGGCAGAACAGAUUCUAG